GUUACUCACUUCCGGUAUACUCAUCUGGAACUCUGGGUAAUGGAGUCUGGCGUAGUUGCUUUGUUAUUAGCAAGUUAGCAAAGCUAAAAAGUGUGUCGGGAUACUUAAGAAGAUACUAAAGGAUCGCCCACGAAAUCAUCGAAAAUGAUGGGGAAAACUGUAAUAGUUACCGGGGCCAACAGUGGAAUUGGAAAAGCCACGACGGUAGACAUUCUGAGGCAGCGGGGUCGCGUUAUCAUGGCCUGCAGGGACAUGGAGAGGGCAGAGGAAGCCGCCCAUGAGAUCCUCGCUGUCACCGAGGCACACGCCAGGCAACUGGUGGUCAAACCACUGGACCUUGCAUCUCUGAAGUCGGUUCACGAGUUUUGUCAAGGCAUCAUUGAGGAAGAACCACGUGUCGACGUGCUCAUCAACAACGCCGGGGUCUACCAGUGCCCCUACUCCAAGACGGUCGAUGGCUUCGAGAUGCAGUUCGGGGUCAAUCACCUCGGCCACUUCCUCCUCACUAACCUGUUGCUGGACCUGCUGAAACGCUCAGCUCCGAGUCGGGUCGUCGUGGUGUCGUCCAAGCUCUACAAGCACGCUCACGUUAACUUUGAGGACCUGAACGGCGAGCAGCACUACGACAAGGCCUUCGCCUACGGUCAAAGCAAACUGGCCAACCUGCUGUUCAGCUUGGAGCUGGCUCAGCGGCUCGAGGGUACCGGCGUCACGGCCAACUCACUGACUCCUGGCAUCGUCAGGACCAACCUAGGAAGACACGUCCACAUCCCCAGCAUGGCAAAGCCCUUGUUCGGCCUGGUUUCCCGUGGCCUGUUCAAAAGCCCUGAGGAGGGGUCCCGGACCUCGGUCUACCUGGCCUGCAGUCCGGAUGUGGAGGGUGUCCAGGGAAAGUGUUUCGCGGACUGCCACCCACAGGUGCUUCUGCCCAAGGCCACCGACAUGAACGUCGCCGGUAAACUUUGGGAUAUCAGCGAGGUGAUGGUGGGCAUCACCACGUGAAACCCCUUUUGGUUGCAGCAGGCAAAUGCAGAAGCUAAAACAACUUUCACUUUUUUGUUAAUUUCUAGAAUCAAUCUUGAGUGUUUGAUUUACAGUCCAAAGACAACUGCUGAUUAUCCCACACAUCACAUGGAAAUCACGAAAGCUUAGUGUGUGUGUGUGUGUGUGUGUGUGUGUGUGUGUGUGUGUGUGUGUGUGUGUGUGUGUGUGUGUGUGUGUGUGUGUGUGUGUGUGUGUGUGUGUGUGUGUGUGUGUGUGUGAGUGACAACCAGUGGAAUGUUGAUUAACAGAUGAAAACCAUGUGUAAUUGCUGGCUGUAUCAUUUCAUUGCUUCAAUUAUUUUGUUACGUUUAUAUCCUGAAAUAAUAAUUUUAUUGUUCGCACAAAUUUUGUAUGACUAAAUAUAUGUAGCGUGUAUGAUAUUCACAUUUAUUUAAGUGUAACACUUGACUACAAAUAACAUUUUAAUAAUUGGGUUUGUACAUUAUUAAACUUAUUGCAAAUAUACCUUGCAGUUUAGUCUGUGAUUGUAAUUAAAUACUGCAGCUCCCUUUUUAUAGGAUGAUUUUAAAUUAUUCUGAAAUGUGGAUGUCACAUUGGUUAUAAUUGAAUGAUUGUAAUAAUCUUCUUUAGGCUGUGGCUACACCCUGUAGGAGUACGAACGAUGGGGAUCCUGUGUAUGGUGUUCCCCCUGUGAACUAGAGAUGCCCAUUGUGUGUGUGUGUGUGUGUGUGUGUGUGUGUGUGUGUGUGUGUGUGUGUGUGUGUGUGUGUGUGUGUGUGUGUGUGUGUGUGUGUGUGUGUGUGUGUGUGUGACCCUUGACAUGGCACCCCAUCCACCCCCUACGCCCAUGGUCAGCUGGGAUGGGCUCCAGCCACCCGCAGGCCUUGCCAGGAACAAACUGGUGCAGUAAAUGGGUGGGGAUACAUCCAUUUAAGCCUUUCAAUCCAUUACCUCACUUACACAAGGAAUUCAAAUAAAUCAUUUUCCCUUUU